CCAAACCUUUCAGAGGCACAUGCAAUGACAGGGGUUCAUAAUAUCUCUUCAACAUGGUCUGGCCAAGGGAUCAAGCUGGCGAUUUUGGAUACCGGUGUGGAUUAUACGCAUCCUGCAUUAGGUGGUUGCUUUGGUAAUGGAUGCAGGAUUGCGCAUGGCUAUGACCUAGUAGGUGAUAAUUAUGGAGGU